GCAGUAUUGUUUUAUGCAAAACGAGUGCAAGGUGGUAAUCAAUUUUUCGUCCCCUCUGUGUAUACUUCAAAUAAUCGAACACACUGUGCACAGUUUGAAGUGAGCCGCAGCCGCGCCAAUGCAUCGUCUGCAACUUCGGAGCAGUAUAAUAUAUAGUCGGUCAGCCGGGUCAGCACUCAGCGCAGCUCCGUAAAUAAUAACGUGCGUGCGAGCUACUGGAGCGGAGUUCGAUGAAUUUGAAAAACAGUUGAUUUUUUACUGGCUUUGGUUGAUUGUUGCAAACAAAUAGGUAGGUUGUGAAAAAUGAAUACUUUGAGCAGAGGCAGCAGCUUUGCUCUGAAAUAUCAAUUGGGAAACGUUAGGAGACAUGUUCAAAGUAAUGCCAGUUUACUGGAGAAUUGCAGCGAAUUGAAUAACAGAAAUCCGAGAAACUUGGAAUUUAUGAGGAUCGCGAGAAAACCUGAGGGUUACCACUUGAACGAUCCAGGAAAUGAGUAUUGGAACAAACUGUACGUAGAAUCAUCGAAUAAGCAUGUUGAAGCUGGAAUAAGACACUUUAAGAACGGACCUGUCAUAACGGCAUCGACUAGAGAAUGGGCAUUGAAAAAACAGCUAUUCAAGACACAUGACGUUGCUGCAUUUGCAAACAUUGGAAAGCUUUUAGCUCAGAGGUGUUUGGAAUGUGGUAUAACAUCAGUUCGAUGUGACAUAGAUGCAACAAACAGCACGAGAUAUACUGCUCUUUUAAGUGCAUUGAAAGAAAAUGGCUUGGAGCUGGAAGAACCAACACAGUACAAGCAUGCAAAUUCUUGGGAUGCAUUGAGAAUGUUGAAGCCUUGGACUGUUCAGGAAUAAAUGAUUUUCGUUUUAUAAAUUUGCAUUUUGUUAUCUAGUUUAAUACAAUUUUAGGUAUAACCAAAAAUAAAUAAGACACAUCAUUACAAGAA